UGGGAACCAGGGCUCCCACGGCAGCAGCCCAGCCCGUGUAGUCCUCGCCCCCACGCCCUGUCACGAGGGGCGGGACCGGAGGGCGUGGUCAGCAUGUGGAGCCCGGACGCCCAGCGGGGCUUCUGCAGAGCUGGGGUAUGAGGAAAAUCUUCUAGGAACGAGAAAACUGUUGUACUGCUUACUUAUCUCUGCUGAAGUCCAGUAGGCAGAGGUUUCAACGACCCCCCAGCCCAGCAGCAAUCAGAUUCCAGCAGCGGCCCUCUCUGAAAUCGUCUCCGCUUUCCGAUCCUCCGCUGCGCUAGACUGCAACUCCCAGGCGGCCUCGCGGCGCAGCUCCCUCAAAUACGGUGGACUGCAACUCCCAGGCGGCCCCGCGGCCCCGCGUCUGACUUGCGCAGUGGCGUCCGCGGUCGGUCGCCCGGACAACCUGGAGAAGACGGCUAGGAGUUUGGUGGCUGUAGGCAUCCCUCAGGCAGCCGUGCGCUUGGUGCGGCACCUCCUCCCCGAGUCCUCCGUUGCUUCCUCCGUGUGAACAGCGGUACUUCCUGGGUCUCCCCUGUCUGUCUCUGAGGGUGACCGCGGCGUCAGCGGCGUCUGGGGACUCGCGCCAGCUCCGCGGGGCGGCGCGACUCCCAGUGGGAGCGGGGAGAGGGUGGGAGGUUGAGGGGUGCUCUUCUCUGCACUCCCUUAUCGCUGUCUGCUACGCCCGGUCCCCGUCGUCGUUUCGGAGGAAGUCUUCGGACAGAGUUCGCGAGAAAGCGAGGUGGAGUCAGUUCUACUCCGCGUUAGAGUGAAGGAAAAUGUCUUUAUUUAAAGCCCGCGAUUGGUGGUCUACUGUUCUGGGAGAAAAAGAAGAAUAUGAUCAAGGCUGUUUGUGUUUGGCUGAUGUUGACAAUAGUGAGAAUGGGCAAGACAAAAUAAUUGUGGGCAGUUUUAUGGGAUACCUUAGAAUUUUCAACCCUCGUCCUGUAAAAACUGGUGAUGGAGCUCAGGCUGAAGAUCUGCUUCUAGAAGUGCAUCUACGAGACCCAAUUCUUCAAGUGGAAGUAGGAAAGUUUGUUUCAGGAACUGAAAUGCUUCAUUUGGCUGUGUUGCAUUCUAGAAAACUUUGUGUCUACUUUGUCUCAGGAACCUUGGGUAAUGUGGAACAUGGGAACCAGUAUCAGAUCAAAUUGAUGUACGAACAUCAUCUUCAGAGAACAGCCUGCAAUAUGACCUAUGGGCCUUUUGGCGGUGUGAAAGGUCGAGAUUUAAUUUGUAUCCAGUCUGUGGAUGGGAUGCUGAUGUUGUUUGAACAGGAAAGCUAUGCUUUUGGGCGGUUUCUCCCUGGUUCUCUUCUGCCUGGCCCUCUAGCUUACAGUUCCCGCACAGAUUCCUUCAUUACUGUCUCUUCCUGCCAGCAAGUGGAAAGUUACAAGUACCAAGUACUUGCUUUCGCAACAGAUGCAGAUAAAAGGGAGGAGACUGAGCAGCAAAAACUUGGUUCUGGAAAAAGACUGGUUGUGGAUUGGACGCUAAAUAUUGGAGAGCAGGCCCUUGAUAUAUGCAUUGUGUCUUUCAAUCAGUCAACAUCUUCUGUUUUUGUUCUUGGCGAGAGAAACUUCUUUUGCCUUAAGGACAAUGGACAAAUUCGAUUCAUGAAGAAGCUUGAUUGUAGCCCAAGUUGUUUUCUUCCGUAUUGCUCAGUUUCUGAGGGAACAAUAAAUACUUUGAUUGGAAACCAUAACAACAUGUUGCACAUUUAUCAGGAUGUGACACUGAAGUGGGCUGCUCAGCUCCCCCACAUUCCUGUGGCCGUGAAAGUUGGCUCUAUGCAUGACUUAAGGGGAGUGAUAGUCACUCUCAGUGACGAUGGCCACCUGCAGUGCUCCUAUCUGGGGACAGACCCCUCCCUGUUCCAGGCUCCCAAAGUCGAAUCUAGAGAACUAAACUAUGAAGAACUGGAUGUAGAAUUGGAAGAACUUCAGAAAAUCAUCAAAGAUGUUAAAGCAGAAGGUGUUUGGCCGAUGACUGAGAGAGAAGAUGACUUGAAAGUUUCUGCUGCAGUUUCUCCGAACUUUGAUUCAGUGUCUCAGGCCACUGAUGCUGACAUUGGAAUUGACCGCGUCCCUUCCAUCACAGUGAAGGUAUUGUACCAGGGUUACCUUGUAAUGUGCAAAUCUUUUUACAUAUUUCAUCACAUCUGUCACUGUUGCUACCCUGGCAGAAGCUGAUGGAAAAGUGAAAUAAACACUUGGAGUUUUAGAUUUUCUUCAGCCUUGGGUAGUGAAUAGAAAACCUUCAUUGUUACCUGCAAACAUAACACUGACAGUUGCAUAUAUAGUAAUAUGUGUGUAAUAGGAACAAGUACUCAGGACUGUCUUCUACCUUUAUUUAAAGGUGUACCGUGAUCCAGGUGUUUUUCCUAGAAAUAAAAUUGAGAUUUUAAAUCUUGUCAGGAACCCAUGUCAUCUUCAUUCCUAACAGACCUACCAGUUGAUGGUAGCCGUCAUGUAAGGCAGAGAGUGAGUGAUACUGGGAAGAACACCAGUGCUGGUAAAAUCACUCUGCCACGCAUGGCUAUGUGUGUGCUUGAAUAGAAUUCCCAGCCAUUUAUCUGCCAUAACAUUGGCUGUAAAUGGAUAUAUUUAUAACAAGAAAGUACUAAAUGAAGAAGCUGCAAAGUACAGUAGUGACAAAUUGAUAGUUCUGGAAAAAUAGAAUUUGAUGGGUGUGGUUUUGGUUAAGACAUUUAGGCCUGUCAUUGCAGAAUUUUAGAACUAGAAUUUGUCAUUUAAAGUUGUAAUCAGUCAGGAUAAAGAAAAUGUGGGUUUUUAAAUAAAAUGGAGUACUACUCAGCCAUAAAAAAUGAGA